AGAGAACAAAGAAAAGUUCAAAACACAGAAGACAAGGACAAGAAAGAAAUGAAAAAAAAAAAAAAAGUAGAAGGCUUCGUAUGGCCGUAGUUAUGUGUCCUCCACGUGACGGGGGGCACGGUCCUGAUGUUGAUCGCCAGCGCCCUUAAUCUGUUCUGCUCUUCGAUGCCUCCUAUUCUUUUCGCUUCAGGGACCCUUUUUCCUACUAGCUACCGAGUAACAUCCUGCCUCAUCUCCCACCCCCCCUCUUUCAUGUCCCCGCCGACCACUGCUGCUGAUCCACUGGCGCCGUCAUCUAAAGGUUUACCUAUUAGUCAUGACAACUUAGCUAGUUCUCUAGCUUGCUAACCCCUGGGUCUAUUCAAACAACCACUCUAUCUAGGGAGUUAAUAUACGAGGGAUGGGCAAGUGCAUCGGCACCCCGCCGCGUUAGUAACCCUC